UGAACUGCAUGAACAGCCGCCGCUCCGGCGGGCUGCUCGCUUCAUUUCGGGGGCGUCUUUGGCCCUCCACGUCCGGCAGUGCCUGCCUCCGCCUUUCGCAACCUCCUCGGUCCUACACGAUCCCGAGCGGGCCAGCGGGUGGGUAGGCUGGCCCGAGCUGCGGCGGGCGGGUACAGCUGGAGUGUACCUAGGCUGAUCGGCGGGACGCAGUGCACGCUGCUUGGCGCCGCAGGCUGAUCCUGCCGCGCCCCCGGGAGCAGUGAUGUUGGGCAGCUCCGCGCCCGGGCCUGCGGCCCGCGAGGCAGGCUCGGCGCUGUUAACAUUGCAGCAGACGGCGCUCCAGGAGGACCAGGAGAACAUCAACCCCGAGAAGGCGGCGCCCACCCAGCAGUCCCGGACCCGCGCUGGGCUGGCGGUACUGAAGGCCGGGAACUCGCGGGGACCAGCGCCGCAGCAGAGGCCUAAGACGCGACGGGUUGCACCUCUUAAGGAUCUUCCUAUAAAUGAUGAGCAUGUCACCGUUCCUACCUGGAAAGCAAACAGUCAACAGCCUGCAUUUACCAUUCAUGUGGAUGAAGCAGAAGAAGAGACUCAAAAGAGGCCAGUUGAAUCUAAAAAACCAGAAAGUGAAGAUGUUUUGGCUUUUAAUUCAGCUGUUACUUUACCAGGACCGAGAAAACCACUGGCACCUCUUGAUUACCCAAUGGAUGGUAGUUUUGAGUCACCACAUACUAUGGAUAUGUCAAUUGUACUGGAAGAUGAAAAGCCAGUGAGUGUUAAUGAAGUACCAGACUACCAUGAGGACAUUCACACAUACCUUAGGGAAAUGGAGGUUAAAUGUAAGCCUAAAGUGGGUUACAUGAAGAAACAGCCAGACAUUACUAACAGUAUGAGGGCUAUCCUCGUGGACUGGUUAGUUGAAGUAGGAGAAGAAUAUAAACUACAGAAUGAGACCCUGCAUUUGGCUGUGAACUACAUUGAUAGGUUUCUUUCAUCGAUGUCUGUGUUGAGAGGAAAACUUCAGCUUGUGGGCACUGCUGCUAUGCUGUUAGCCUCAAAGUUUGAAGAAAUAUACCCCCCAGAAGUAGCAGAGUUUGUAUACAUUACAGAUGACACUUAUACCAAGAAACAAGUUCUGAGAAUGGAGCACCUAGUUUUGAAAGUCCUUGCUUUUGACUUAGCUGCACCAACAAUAAAUCAGUUUCUUACCCAGUACUUUCUGCACCAGCAGUCUGCAAACUGCAAAGUUGAAAGUUUAGCAAUGUUUUUGGGAGAAUUAAGUUUGAUAGAUGCUGACCCAUAUCUAAAGUAUUUGCCAUCAGUUACCGCCGCAGCAGCCUUUCAUUUAGCACUCUACACUGUCACGGGACAAAGCUGGCCUGAAUCAUUAGUACAAAAGACUGGAUAUACGCUGGAAACUCUAAAGCCUUGUCUCAUGGACCUUCACCAGACCUACCUCAGAGCUCCGCGGCAUGCACAACAGUCAAUAAGAGAAAAGUACAAAAACUCAAAGUAUCAUGGUGUUUCUCUCCUCAACCCACCCGAGACACUAAAUGUGUAACGGUGAAAGACUGCCUUUGUUUUCUAGGAUGUAAAUCACUCAAAGUAUAUGGUGUACAGAUUUUAUCUUAGGUUUUAAUUUUACAAUCAUUUCUGAAUACGGAAGUUAUGGUCAAGUACAAAUUAUGGUAUCUAUUACUUUUUAAAGGUUUUAAUUUGUAUAUCUUUUGUACAUGUAACUAUCUUAGAUAUUUGGCUAAUUUUAAGUGGUUUUUGUUAAAGUAUUAAUGAUGCCAGCUGUCAGGAUAAUAAGAAAUAAAUUGAUUUGGAAAA